UAAUUAAAUCGAAAAAAAACCAAAGCGAGCCCAACUAACUCGAAGCCUAUAAAAGCGACUGCUGCCUCGAACGACGCCAACAGUUAUAGAAAGUCAAUAAAAAAUGAAACUAUUCCAGCUGCUGCUUAGCCUGUGCCUGGCGCUGCUUUUGGUCUGCGCUCCCUUCGCCAGAUGUCAAUCAGUGCCGCCUGUGCCGACCGAUCCUCCAACUCCACCCAACGGAGCGCCCGGUCCAGCUACCGUUCCCGGCGGUCCCCCUGGCCCGCCACAAGCGCCAACUACAGUUGCUGCGCCAGAAGUGUCGACUGAUGUACCAAACUAUGCUUCUUAACUUUGAAUUGUUAAUAAAUUAGCAACUUUGCUAUUUAAAUUUGCUGCA